AUCUGUGUUCGUACGGCAAGACCAGUCAAGACCAAGGCGAUAGGUCAAGGCCUCCGGGAGAGAAUCGCGUUGUUAACGGUGUGGUUAGGAAAAUAGUCAGUUCAGGAACGCAAGGUCAGUAAAAGAUCCUGCUUUUCUGUUGCCAAAGCCAUUAAGAUGUCAUCUGAUGAUGAGCCAGCCCCUGAUGGCUCAGAAAAGAUUGAAGCCUACCAAGACAAGCUGGCAUUUGCUGAUUUGGGCAUAACUGAGGUGCUUUGCACAGCCACAGAGAGGCUCAAGUGGAGCAAGCCAACUCAGAUCCAGUGUGAAGCUGUUCCUGUUGCUCUGCAAGGCAAGGAUGUGGUGGGCUUGGCCGAGACGGGCUCGGGCAAGACGGGCGCCUUCGCGCUGCCGAUCUUGCAGCGGCUGCUGGAGGCGCCGCAGCGAUUGUUCGCGCUCGUGCUGACGCCCACCAGGGAGCUGGCGUACCAGAUCUCUGAGCAGUUUGAGGCGCUGGGCGCUUCGAUCGGCGUCAAGUGCUGCGUCAUCGUGGGCGGCAUGGACAUGAUGGCGCAGAGCCUGAUGCUGGCCAAGAAGCCGCACGUCGUCAUCGCCACGCCCGGUCGACUGGUGGACCAUCUGGAGAACACCAAGGGCUUCUCGCUGAGGUCGCUCAAGUGUCUCGUGAUGGACGAAGCGGACAGGAUCCUCAACAUGGACUUCGGCGUGGAAGUGGAUAAGAUCGUGAAGGCAAUCCCUCGCGAGCGGCAGACCUUCCUCUUCUCCGCCACCAUGACCAAGAAGGUCAAGAAGCUGCAACGCGCGGCCCUGCGCGACGCCGUUAAGGUCGAGGUCUCCAGCAAGUACCAGACGGUGGACAAGCUCCAGCAGUACUAUCUCUUCAUCCCAGCCAAGUACAAGGACGUGUACCUGGUGCACAUCCUGAACGAGCUGGCCGGCAACUCGUUCAUGGUGUUUUGCGGCACGUGCAACAACACGUUGCGUCUCUCGCUCCUGCUGAACGCGCUCGGCCUGCCGGCGAUCCCGCUGCACGGCCAGAUGACCAUGAACAAGCGGCUGGGCGCGCUCAACAAGUUCAAAUCGAAGAACAAGAGCAUCCUGCUGGCUACGGAUGUGGCGAGCAGGGGGCUGGACAUCGAGCACGUGGACGUGGUGGUCAACUUCGACAUCCCGACGCACAGCAAGGACUACAUCCACCGGGUGGGGCGGACGGCGCGCGCCGGCCGCGCUGGCCGCUCCGUCACGUUCGUCACCCAGUACGACGUGGAGCUGUACCAGCGCAUCGAACACCUCAUCGGCAAAAAGCUGCCGCAGUACGCGGCGGCCGAGGACGAGGUCAUGAUGCUCCAGGAGCGGGUCAUGGAGGCUGACCGGCUCGCCAAACAGGAGCUGAGGUCGCUGGGCGACAAGGAGACGGGCCGCAAGCGGAAACGGCGGCCGGACGAGGAGGACGACGGCGGUGACGACGGCGAGACCGGCGUCCGGCGCCGGCUGCAGGGCAACAAGAAGCGGGGAGGCGGUCGCCGGGGCCGCCGGUGACCGCGCCGGCGUGGGCAGGGCAGGGGAGGUCUGCGGCUGGAGGCGUGCGCAGGAGGCCGGGGAGCAGGAGCGCACGGGAAAGGUGUUGUGUGAAGUGCUGCGGUGGACAGGAACGUGGACUGCCGGUGAGCAGAGGUGCACACGGAAGACGUCGAGACCAUGAAAGGGGACCGGCAGCAGGAAUGCCUCGUUGGACUUCACUGGUAGGCAGGAGGCGACGAGGGUCGUGAAGAGGUCUCGCAGCCCAGAACUGCAGGUGGAUGGAUGGGGACCAGGGCGGGCUUGCUGAAACCGGAUCCAGACCCUGCGCUAGCGGGCGUGGUUAAAUGCGUUCGGUGUGGCAGCCUCCUCCAGCCCGCCGCGGCUCGGCAGACCGCUGGCCGACGCCGCUGGCCGACGGUGCUGGUCGACGCCGCUGGCUGGCGCUGCUGGCUAACGCGCUGGCCCACCCACCCUCUGGCGGGCUGAUAAUGGCGCUCGUCACCGCUGGUGCGCUGCGCCAUCAGCCGGUGGCGCCACCUAAGUGCUACAGUGCGCCGAACGUUGACACGGGGCUGCAGAACCCACGCGAGGUGCAGCGUUUGUGGUGCAGGUGUGUCGUGGGUUCGGCUCUGGCUAAAUGGCCUGCGCCGUCUGUUGGCCGCCAGGAAGGACCGAUGAUGGAGUGUGGUCCGCUAAAGGGUGGUGCGGUCCGUCAGGGACAGCCGUGGUCCGUCAAGGACCAUUGUCUCGGGACGAAGUGUCGGCUCCGUGCCCGCGGGGUUUACGAGAACGCAUGCUGAAGGGAUGGUGGACGCCGCCAAGCAUGUUGGCGCUCCGCCUCUACCAAUACA